UUUAGCAGUGCAAGCAGCUAGCAAGUGGUUUGUUCUUAGGGUAACAGAGAAGGAAACCUGCUCCUCAUCUGAUAAGAGAUAGUGCAAAGAGGGGACGCGUGCUAGUUCUUAGGGACACAGUUGAUCUCCAGAUAUGACCAUCUAUUUGUGGCUCAAACUUCUGGCCUUUGGCUUUGCCUUUCUGGACACAGAAGUGUUUGUCACAGGGCAAGAUAAGACUUCAACCACUACUGGUGCCAACCUUACAGCCACUGCACCAUCCACUCAGGACCUUGCAAGCACUGUCACAGCAAGCAGUACAAUAGCUACUACUAUACCCAAAACUUGUGAUGAUGAAUUUGGGAACAUUGCUGUUCAUUACAACUAUACCAGUAAUAAGUCUUUUGAUGCAAAGCUAGAAUAUGACAAUCCCCCCCAAAAUGUAUGUGCAACUGUGGAUUGUAAAGAGCUUAAAUAUCUACAAGAAUGUUCAAAGAAAACUGUCAGUGUAUCUGAUGGCUCAUGUACUCCAGCUAAAAUUAUAGAAUUAGAUGUACCACCAGGACCUGAGAGGUUUACCCUGCAUGACUGCACAGAACAAAUAAAAGCUAAUACUACAAUUUGCUUGGAGUGGAAAACAGAACCCUCUGCCUGUGACGGCACAAAAAUUACAUACAAAUUUCACUGUAAUGAUACUGCAGAUUCUCAAGGAAAUUCUCAAAAUAUUUUGUUACUCGAUCUUGAUCCCCAAACAUAUUACACAUGUGCUGCAGAAGUCCUCUAUAACAAUGUGAUACUUUCCCAAGAAAAUAAAACUGUGGAGACCGAUUUGGGGAUUCCAGAGAAACCCAGGAGCGUUUUUUGUGAGAAUGUAACUGAGAACAAAACAUUAGUUAUCUGGGAUCACCCUGCAACUUUUCUCGAUGGAUAUUAUUUGUGUUCCAAUAAGACCAGUUCAGAAAAAUGUGAAAAAAUGGAAGGGACUGAGAGACACGCAGAAGUGAUCCAGCUGAAACCUUAUACAUACUAUGAAGUGUCGCUCCAUGCCUAUGUCAACGGCAGGGUGGAACGCAAUGGGAGUGCUGUGCAAUGCUUCUUUCAGACAAAAGCAGCUCGGCCAAGCGUGGUCAAUAAAGUGAAAGCCAUCCGGAUGUCAGAAAAUGCUAUAAGCGUCACAUGUGAACCUCCUCAUGAAAUUAAUGGCCCCAGGAAAUUUUACAUUUUGGAAGUCAAAAGUAAAGGUUCUUCAGCUAAGACUUUCAACCAAACCACAUGCAGAUUUGACCUAAAGGAUCUCUACUAUUCAACUGACUAUACAUUUCUGGUCUCCUUUUUCAAUGGAGAGUAUCAGGGAGAAGCAGUUGUUAAAAAUGAAUCAACAUCUUAUAAUGCUAAAGCACUGAUUACAUUCCUGAUAUUUCUGAUUGUUGUGACAACAAUAGCCCUGCUUGUUGUUCUGUAUAAAAUCUAUGACCUGCGUCGGAAAAGAUCCAGCAAUUUAGAUGAACAACAAGAACUUGUUACAAGGGAUGAGGAAAAGCAACUGAUGGAUGUGGAGCCAAUUCAUGCUGACGUUUUGUUGGAAACAUAUAAAAGAAAGAUUGCUGAUGAGGGAAGACUUUUUCUGGCUGAAUUUCAGAGCAUUCCACGGGUAUUCAGCAAGUUUUCUAUCAAAGAUGCUCGGAAGCCCCACAACCAGAAUAAGAACCGUUAUGUUGACAUCCUUCCCUAUGAUUAUAACCGUGUUGAACUCUCUGAAAUAAAUGGAGAUGCAGGGUCCACCUACAUAAAUGCCAGCUACAUUGACGGCUUCAAAGAACCAAGAAAAUACAUUGCUGCACAAGGACCCCGGGAUGAAACGGUUGAUGACUUCUGGAGGAUGAUCUGGGAACAAAAAGCCACAGUUAUUGUCAUGGUCACACGAUGUGAAGAAGGAAACAGGAACAAGUGUGCAGAGUACUGGCCAUGCAUGGAGGAAGGCACCCGGGCUUUCAGAGAUGUCGUGGUAAAGAUCAUCGAGCACAAAAUAUGUCCCGAUUACAUCAUUCAGAAGCUGAACAUCACACAUAAAAAAGAAAAAGCCACUGGAAGAGAUGUGACACACAUUCAGUUUACCAGCUGGCCAGAUCACGGGGUUCCUGAAGACCCCCACCUGCUCCUCAAACUUCGACGGAGGGUUAAUGCAUUCAGCAAUUUCUUCAGCGGCCCCAUCGUGGUGCACUGCAGUGCUGGUGUUGGGCGCACAGGAACCUACAUCGGAAUUGAUGCCAUGCUAGAAGGCUUGGAAGCAGAGGGCAAAGUGGAUGUUUACGGCUAUGUCGUCAAGCUAAGGCGACAGAGGUGCCUCAUGGUACAAGUGGAGGCACAGUACAUCUUGAUCCAUCAGGCCUUAGUGGAAUACAAUCAGUUUGGAGAAACAGAAGUGAACUUGUCUGAGUUACAUUCAUGCCUACAGAACAUGAAGAAGAAAGAUCCACCCAGUGAUCCCUCUCCUCUGGAGGCUGAAUUUCAGAGACUUCCUUCAUACAGGAGCUGGAGGACACAGCACAUUGGAAAUCAAGACGAAAAUAAAAAGAAAAACAGGAAUUCUAAUGUUGUUCCAUAUGACUUUAACAGAGUGCCACUGAAGCACGAGCUGGAGAUGAGCAAAGAGAGCGAGCCUGAGUCCGAGGAGUCUUCUGAUGAUGACAGUGACUCGGAGGAAACCAGCAAGUACAUCAAUGCAUCGUUUGUAAUGAGUUACUGGAAACCAGAACUGAUGAUCGCCACUCAGGGGCCACUUAAAGAGACUGUUGGUGACUUCUGGCAGAUGGUAUUCCAAAGGAAGGUCAAGGUCAUUGUGAUGUUGACAGAGUUAACAAAUGGAGGCCAGGAAGUCUGUGCUCAGUACUGGGGAGAAGGAAAGCAGACGUAUGGAGACAUGGAAGUGGUGAUCAAAGAUACCAGCAAAUCCUCAGCCUACACUAUCCGCGUGUUCGAACUGAGACAUUCUAAGAGGAAGGAGCCCAGAACGGUGUACCAGUACCAGUGCACCACAUGGAGUGGGGAAGAGCUUCCUUCAGAACCUAAAGAACUGGUGUCUAUGAUUCAGAACCUCAAGCAGAAGCUUCCCAAGGGUUGCCCUGAAGGGGUGAAGUAUCAUAAGCACACACCAAUCCUAGUCCACUGCAGAGAUGGAUCCCAGCAGACGGGGUUGUUUUGUGCUUUGUUCAAUCUCUUGGAAAGUGCAGAAACAGAAGAAGUGGUUGAUGUUUUCCAAGUGGUAAAAUCUCUUCGCAAAGCGCGGCCAGGGAUGGUGGGCACCUAUGAGCAAUACCAGUUUCUCUAUGAUGUCAUCGCCAGCACCUAUCCUGCCCAGAAUGGACAAGUGAAGAAAACCAGCAGCCAAGACAAAAUUGAAUUUCAUAACGAAGUGGGUGAAGUCAAGCAGGAUGCUAACUGUGUCCAUCCUGGUGGUGCUCUGAAUAAAACCCAGGAAGGCAGCAGAGCUGUGGGAGCUUCUGAGCCCGCCAACAGUACGGAGGAGCCGGAACAUUCUGCCAACGGUCCUGCGAGCCCAACUCUAACUUCGUAGGCAAGGGCUCAAAUCGGACAACUCAAUCUCAAAUUAGUUGUUUCCAUUUUUCUAGAAUGAAUGAAAGAAAAUGGCUAAGCAGUGGUUCAUGGAAUCUGUGUCCAACCUUGCCACUGUAGAAAAAUAUUUAAGUUUUGUCAAAAUGUUUUGUACAGUUUUAUGCUUAUUUUAAAGAUGUAUCUAUCAUUUAGCAAGAAUGUGUGUAUGUGUGAGUGUGUGUGAGUGUGUAUGUGUGAGUAUGAGUGAGUGUAUCUGUGUGUUUGUGAGUGAGUGUGUAUGGUGUGGGUAUGUGUGAGAGGGGAUGUGUGUGUGCAUGUGUAAGUGUAAGUGACUGUGUGGCAGCUACAUGACAUUAGAGAGAGUGUGUGCUUUCAAGCCAUUCUAAACGCUCGUGAGAAACAUUGCCAUUUUCCCCUAAAGAAACUAUACAUUUAUAUCUAGACUAUUAAUUUGCUUGAAGGAUCCAUUUUUUAAGACACCAAGAGAGUGUGUUGAUGGUACUAUAAGAAUACCAAUGUGUGCAUUUCUGAAAUGACUUCAAGAUGUCCUCCUUGUUCUAUUUGAUACUGUUGUAGUUUAGAAAGCUAUUUCUGGCGAUAUGGAAGAGUACAUAAGAGUGCUAUGGGUGUGUAUAGCUGCUGCAGGGAAGUUAACUAAAUUAACAUUUGAGAAUUCAUGCUCCACGUACUGUCAUUUCAUCACUAUCUGUUAAAGAAUAUUUAAUCAAACAUAAAAAUCUCAAGAGAACCUAAUAUUGUAUACAUGUAGGAAAUAGAACUUUGUAAAUGGGCUGUUGCCUACAAAACAAAUGAAAAUUAUUACUUGAUGCUCUUGAUCAUAUGUAUACAGGUUAUGACUGAACCUAAAUAGUUGUCUUGAAACAAAUACAAUAUAUGUUUUAAAACACACAAAAUAAAAACAGGAGCAUGAAAACUUGUUUGCACUGAUCAUUUACUUAUCAGACCUCACACAGGUAUCUUAGGGAAUUCAGUAUUCCUGAGAAACAAGAUAGAAUGUGCAUAUUUCCCAUGUUUAAGGCCAUCUUUGACUUUCAUUAAAGCGCAUCUAUUUUGAAUUUUGUAAAUGUUUAGUUUACUCUUACCAAGAAAUAAUAUUGAUAACCAUAGUAAAAUUUCAACUAUUACCUUCCUUGUUUAUAUGAAGUUUGUUGCAUGUUCAUCUGUGAAAUACGUAUGUGCCUAUUAAAAUUUGUUUAAUGCAAUCAAAACACAACUUUCAAAAUACUUUCUCUGGUCCCAAUUCUUUAAAAAAUAUCUGAAUUUGGUUUAUGUUAAUUCUAUAGGUUCUAAAA